GCCCCGCAUCUAGCCCCGCCCCGGCCCUAGCCCCGCCCUUGCCUCCAGCCCCGCCCGGGCCACUCACAGUCCUCUCGCGGCAGCCACUUCCUGUCCCGCGGGCGCCUCAGGAAUUUGGCCCACAAUGGCUGAUGAUCAGGAGAAAGACUUGCAGAAAUUUCUUAAAAAUGUGGAUGAAAUCACCACUUUAAUUCAGGAGAUGAAUUCUGAUGACCCAGUUAUACAACAGAGAGCCGUGCAGCAGACAGAAGAGAGACUGAUGCUGAUGGAAGAAGCCGGAGAGGAGGACGGGUGCAGGACAGCCUUGAACAAGACCACGAUCAGCCCGCCACAAGCCGCUGCGCAGAAUACAAAUGAAAUAAACCCAGAGGCCUUCUUGGCAUCUCUGGAGAAGGAUGCAAAGGAGCGGGCCAAGAGAAGACGGGAAAACAAAGUCUUAGCAGAUGCCCUAAAAGAAAAGGGGAACAAAGCCUUUGCCAAAGGUGACUAUGCAGCAGCCAUCCUGAGCUACAGCGAGGGCUUGGACAAGAUGAAGGAUAUGAAAGUUCUGUACACCAACCGAGCCCAGGCCUACAUAAAACUUGGGGAGUACCAGAAGGCCCUGGCGGAUUGUGACUGGGCCCUGAAGUGUGAUGAAAAAUGCACCAAAGCAUACUUCCACAUGGGAAAAGCCCACCUGGCUCUGAAGAAAUACAGUGUGUCCCGACAGUGUUACCAGAAGAUGUCUGAAAUAAACCCUAAGCUGCAGACACAGGUGAAAGAAUACCUGCACCAAGUAGAUCUACAGGAGAAGGCAGACCUUCAAGAGAAAAAAGCCCGUGAAUUACUAGAUUCGAAAAACAGCACUGCUGUGACAACCAAAAACCUCCUGGAAACCCUCUCGAAGCCUGGCCAGGCACCCUUGUUCUAUGCGGGGGGAAUUGAGAUCCUGACUGACUUGAUGAAGGAUGAUGCAGAACAAACUUUAUUCAGAAUGCACAAUGGAUUCAGCAGCAUCAGUGACAACGAGGUCAUAAGAAGGUGCCUUUCCGCGGCGGAAAAAGAUGUGAUUGAAGAGACAGUCUGUGUGACCAUUCUUAAGCUUUGGCAAGCAGUGUGCCGUGGGAACGAGGAAAACCAGCGUCUGCUUGUGCUGCACCCUGACACGGCCAGGCUGGUGCCCUCCCUCUUGACCUCCAAAGUCAUGGCCAUUCAGCAGCAGAGCCUGGCUCUGCUACUGCAGCUCUCUCAGACUGAGCACGGACGGAGUCUGGUCAUCAGCCACCUUGACUUGACCCGAUUUCUGGAAGCACUGCUCUCAUUUCUUGACUUCUCAGACAAGAAGGCCAGUACUGCUAUUCGACUGCUCACAGACUUAGCUCUAGAAGAAAGAUUCCAAGUCUGGUUCCAGGCCAACCUUCCAGGUGUUCUCCCCAUACUCACAGGUGUUCUGAAGAGAGAUCCCAUGGUAACCGAUUCCUCAGCACUCAGCAGGUGUAUUGCCAUCAUGGGAAACCUCAGUGCUGACGCUGCUUCCCGAAGACACAUGGCAGCCUGUGAAGAAUUUGGGGACGCCUGUUUGAGCCUGCUGGCCAAGUGUGAAGAUGACAGGGACCUCUACAGAGAGAUCACAUACACGCUCCUGGGACUCGUGAUGAACCUGUGUCUUCAGGUCCCCUUCAGCUCAGAGGUGUGGGCUAUGGAGCUGAGCAGAAGGUGCCUGUCUUUACUGAACAGCCAGGAUGGGGGCAUCCUAACAAGAGCUGCUGGUGUUCUGAGCCGGACCCUUUCCUGCUCUCAGAAAACCAUCAAGGAGGCCGUGAGAGCGGGAGUGGUGAGGAAGAUGAUUAAAUUCCUGAAGGUAAAACACCUUCGCUGCUUACCGCCUCUUGAAUUUCCAGGCGUCUUCUCUUUUGUUCAGACAGGAGGCCAGACUGCAUCACAUUAUGCCAUAAAGAUCCUAGCUAUCUGCACAAAUACCUGCUGUGACGCUCGGGAAGAAAUAGUAAGACUGGAUAAAAAGUUCAGUGUUCUGCUGAACCUGCUCAGCUCAGAGGAUGAGAUCCUGAUGGGUAAUGCUGCCCUCUGCCUCGGCAACUGCAUGGAGGUGCCCAGUAUUGCGUCCUCCAUGCUGAAGACGGACCUUGUGCAAGUCCUGUUAAAGCUAGCGGGUGGCGACUCACAGAGGACAGCCGUGCAGCUGAACGCGGGCAUCGCUCUGGGGAAGCUGUGCACAGCCGAGCCCAGGUUCACUGCUCAACUGAGAGAGCUUCAUGGGUUGGAAAUUCUCAACUCUACGAUGAAAUACCUCAACGAUUCUUAAGAGAUGUGUGUCUGUGCAGCUUUGCAAACAUACAACUGUAUAUUGUAGAUUGUUCAUGUGCUAAUAAAGUCCUUUAAAAUAUCCA